AUGUUCACAGUGCACCAGAAGCAAGAAAAAUGGAGAUCUCAGUGCAACUAUCACUUGUAUAUUCAAGAUUUAAUUGGAACUGCUAGUGCGUUUCUGCUCCGUCAUCCGUUCAUAACCUUGGAAGCCUUAGUGUCGCAAUGCUUCUUGACAAGUGCAGCACUGUUUUCAAAUGUUGUCCUCACUAGUGAAGCAAACGGAAAAAAAUUAACACUAAAUUUUAUUCUGCAAUACCAUGAAGUAUUUCCACAUAUAACUGUAUGGAUCACGUUGUUGUAUGACAUCGAUGUUUAUAUGUACAAACAACAUCUCAAUGUUCAUCAUCCAUUAGGGGAUAUUUAUCGUCAUUAUCUUGUUGUUCAAUAG